GGACGACCAACGCGUACACAAUGUCUCAUCAAAGUCGCAAAUCGAAUGGCAGAUUCGUGAAAAAAAAAAAAUUAGACAGUGAGUUAACACGUGCAAAAAUUUUACUUACAGCUAGAAAAGUGAAAGCUGAAAAAAUGUGCAUGACACAAGCCGUCGAAAACGACAAUAUUUGUACGGGUUAUCGUUUCGUUGAUAUGCAAGUGCUUGCAAAAAAUUUGAAAUGUUGCAAAUGCACGAGGGUUCUCAGUUUACAAAAUAUAGUAACUGAAAGACGUUUAGGCCUUCACUCAAUUCUAACAAUUGCUUGCGAAGAAUGUAAGAUACAAACUAUAGUUAGCACAGGGAAGACUGAAAUGUAUAAUGGCCACAAGUAUGCAGAAAGCAACUUAUCACUUGUAUUGGGUGCUAUACACAGUGGCGUUGGUUACACUGGAUUAAAAAAAUUAUUAGCCUGUAUGGAUAUCCCAGGUAUUUCAAAUGAUCUGUAUAAGCGAUACAAAAAAGUAGUAAGAGAAUUAAUAGAGACAACUGCAAAAGACAGCUGCAAGAAAGCUACUGAAGAAGAACACCGCCUAAUGAUUAGGAAUAUGAAAAAGCUGUGAAGAGUUGUAAGGAGUUAUAUAAGGAUCUAAGUCGAUUUUGCGUCCCCUAAAAUAUGUAACAAUCGACUCACUUGGGGACCAACUCAAAAUAAACUUAGGUCUUCGUUCCACGCAUCCUUUCAAAUUUAUA